AUGGCAACAGAGCCUAACGCUGUAGAGCUUGAGAAAAUCAACGAUCCAAAUCCACCCGUAGGGGUGGAAAACGAUAAUGAAGAAGUUUUAGAGAUUGGUCAGGAUGGUUUGCCAACAUCCAUCGGUCAGGAUGUUGAACAACACCCUGAAUUGCACCCAAUGGAACAAAAGGAAGAAGAUAUUACUGUAAAUAUUAAAAGAGUUAAAACAUGCGGUACAAUUUUCAAUAUUUUAGACUCAUUAAUGGGUUCUGGAAUUCUUGCCGUUCCAAACUCAUUCACAAAUAUUGGAAUCAUUCCAUCUUUUGUUAUUAUGGCCGUUAUUGCAACUCUUGCUUGGGUAGCUGCUGUUAUGGUUUUGUAUCUUUUAGAUGAUACAAAUGCCAAAACAUUUGAUCAACUUGCUGCUAUUAUCCUCGGUCCCAUUGGCUCACGUAUAUUGACCAUUCUCAAUCUAUUUUUCCUCAUAUGCUGCCUUUUAGGGUUUUUAAUCCUUGGUGGCGAUAUGAUCGUAUCAUGGUUCAAAUUAGGCAAUAUCGAUGUUACAUCACUUGGAUAUCGCGUCAUCAUGAUGGUUGUUUAUGCUUUUUGCAUACCAAUCGCUUUAUCUAUUCCAAAAAAGAUUACCUUCUUAAGCUAUUUCGCAGUUGGUAGCGUCUUCUGUAUUUUCUUCUUCUGUGGAGCUGUUGUUGGCCGUGGCAUUGAACAUAUCGUAAAACACGGCAUCAAUAACACUAUUACUUUAGGAAUAGGCGGAAUGGGCAUUUUCUCAUCCAUUUCAAUUCACGGUUUAGCUUUCGCACUUCCUCUCGUAUUCAUUCCAGCAAUGUCAAUCUUCUACAAGCCAGAAGUCAAAGUAAAGGCGAGUGUGAGCUUUUACGGCCAAUUUAUCUGUUACCUUUUAGUUUCAAUACCCGGAUUAUUCGGUUACCUUCAAUUCGGAAAGGAUACAGCUGGUAAUGUAUUGAAUUCUUACCCUGUUAAUGAUAUAUUGAUGGUUGUAGUACGUUCUGGCUUCUUUAUUGUUGUUUCAUGUGCAUAUCCAAUGCUUGCACAAUCAGUUAUGGCAUCAUGGUCCUUCUUCGUCUUCAAAGAAAGCCAACAUAUAAAAUUACCACCACUAAAGUUGGUCUGUGUUCAUUGUUUAACACACCUUAUCCCUCUAAUCAUCGCUAUAUUCCUCGCAGAAGUGAAACCGGCCCUCCUUGUCGGUGGAGCACUCGGUGGUUGCCUUGCUCAAUUCACUUUCCCUUGCUGGAUGUGGGUUAAGCAUAGCGAUAAGCCAGUUUACCACUGGGUGAAUAUAUUAUGCAUCUUAUUUGGUGUUUUUGGCAUUGUUACGGGCGUUUGCGCAACUUAUCAAGCUGUUGUUGAUGCUAUUGCUGCUUUCUCUAAGAAAUAA